AUGGGACAGAUAACGAGCUGCUGCACGUCGUGCUUCUCUUCGAAGCGGUCACAGUCGUAUGAGCCGCUGCUCUUGGAGAACGAGAGGGAGGCCGUCGCGGAUCUGCUUCAGUACCUAGAGAACCGCACGACGACCAACUUCUUCACCGGCGACCCGCUCUCGGCGUUGACCACCCUUUCAUUUUCGGACAAUGUCGACCUGCAGCGCAGUGCCGCCCUUGCAUUCGCCGAGAUUACGGAGAAGGAGGUCCGGCCUGUUGGUCGCGACACGCUCGACCCCAUCCUUUUCCUUCUCAGUAGCCACGAUACUGAGGUGCAGCGCGCUGCGAGCGCGGCUCUGGGGAACCUUGCCGUGAACACCGACAACAAGCUGCUGAUCGUGAAGCUUGGAGGCCUCGAGCCGCUGAUCCGUCAAAUGCUGAGCCCAAACGUGGAAGUACAGUGCAAUGCUGUCGGCUGCGUUACCAACCUGGCCACGCAUGAUGACAACAAGACCAAGAUCGCCAAGUCCGGCGCCCUCGUCCCAUUGACACGGCUUGCCCGCUCAAAGGACAUGCGCGUUCAACGUAAUGCGACCGGCGCGCUGUUGAACAUGACGCACUCAGACGAGAACCGCCAACAGCUCGUCAACGCCGGCGCGAUCCCCGUCCUGGUCAGCCUGCUCAACUCACCUGACACGGAUGUACAGUACUACUGUACGACCGCCUUGAGCAACAUCGCCGUUGACGGUGCUAACCGCAAGAAGCUUGCCCAGAGCGAGCCCAAGCUCGUCGCAAGCUUGGUUGCCUUGAUGGACAGCCCCAGCCUGAAGGUUCAGUGCCAGGCUGCCCUUGCGUUGCGAAAUCUUGCGAGCGACGAGAAGUACCAACUCGAGAUCGUCAAGUCUGAUGGCUUGACCUCUCUUCUCCGCCUCUUGCAGUCUACCUACCUCCCCUUGAUUCUUUCCUCCGCCGCCUGCGUCCGCAACGUCUCCAUCCACCCGCAGAACGAGUCCCCUAUCAUCGAGUCCGGCUUCCUGCAACCCCUCAUCAACCUCCUGUCGUUCAAGGACAACGAGGAGGUUCAGUGUCACGCUAUCUCCACGCUCCGCAAUCUGGCCGCCAGCUCUGAGAAGAACAAGACGGCUAUCGUCAAGGCGGGCGCUGUACAGUCCAUCAAGGACCUUGUCCUGGACGUCCCGACGAAUGUGCAGAGCGAGAUGACGGCGUGCGUGGCGGUGUUGGCUUUGAGCGACGAGCUUAAGGGCCAGCUCCUCGAGAUGGGUAUCUGCGAAGUGCUCAUCCCGUUGACGGCUUCACCGAGCUCUGAGGUCCAGGGCAACAGUGCAGCCGCGCUUGGCAACUUGUCCUCUAAGGAGAACAAGACCGCCAGCGAUGAUUACUCCGCAUUCAACGAGGUUUGGGACCGACCCGAAGGUGGCAUGCACCAAUACCUCUACCGCUUCCUCACCAGUCCGGAUGCCACCUUCCAGCACAUCGCCGUCUGGACCAUUGUGCAGCUGCUCGACUCCGGCGACCCCCAACUCGUCAGCAACAUCGUCUCCUCCAAUCUCCUCAUCCCGAACAUCAGCCAACUCGCACAGUCGCAGCCCUCGUCCCCGUCAUCGUCGAACGGCACGCCGCGGUCACAUAGCCCUUCGUACACCACCGAGACGGGCGACGGCCAGGGCGAGAUCCAGCUGCUCGCGCGCAGGAUCUUGGACCAUGUGAACGGGGAGGCGGAUAUGGUGUCCGGCAGCGUCGCCGGGAGCCAUAUGCAGGCAGGAUCGUACGUGCCGGGCUCGUCCGUGGCGAGCUCGGUAAGGGACCACGAGGAGCUUCGCCGGAGCGUGCGGGACGCGUUCGGCGCGCCCCGGCGCUAG